CCUGGCCACCAAGAAUGUUUUUUUUUACAACUUUUGAAUAUAGUUGUAAUUUGUCGGUCAUUUGGGCUAUUUCAGUCUGAAGUUGUUUUAGUUUGAAAACCCCAGAGGCCACAGUACUAUUUUGAGUCGGUACAAUAUCCUGGGAUUCGAAGCUAACUUAACCUUAUUCGAUGUAAUCAGGUUUUUACUUAUCGUAUAUAUGAAAAAAAAAAUUAUGACUGUUAGUUCUGCCAUGUCAACGCUUAUCAUUCUGGAGCGUAUUUCAAAUUUAAAAAUUAAAAAAAAACUUUGAAGUUGCACGAAAGGUUAUUCUUCGGGCGUGUGUUACUAUGGAUUGGCGGAUGUGUAUCAGGCGGGCUCGGUCCUGAACGGCAACCUCGCGUGUAACCCCAGGUGGGGCCGGCACUCAGCACUCGCGUGGACCCGCUGUGUGUCCAGGGAUCAUGGAGGCGGCGGAGCGACACGUCAUGAUCCUGAAGGCCCCCGCGGAGGACCCGGAGGAUGACGGCCGUGACCCGUACUCGCACCUGCUGCGGGAGAACGGCUUCGCGGUCACCAGCGUGCCCGUCAUCGAUUUCGAGUUCUGCAAUUUGGAGGAGCUGCGGGACUGCCUGCAGGCGCCCCACAAGUUCUCGGGAAUCAUCUUCACGAGCCCGAGGGCCGUCCGCGCGACGGCGCUCGGCCUGGGCACGGACCAGCGCCUGCCGGCACGCUGGAGCCAGCACGCCUUCUUCGUGGUCGGCAGGAGCACGGCCGCCGCCCUCCGCAGCAGCCUGGGGGCGGAGGGGGAGGGCGCGGAGUCCGGCUCGGCGGUCGCCCUCGCCGACUACAUCACGCAGAGGAGCUACGCCGGCCCGCUGCUGUACCCGUGCAGCUCGCUGCAGCGCGGCACACUGCCCGCCCGGCUGCAGGAGAGGGGCGUGCGCGCCCACUGCGUGACGGCCUACGCCACGGUGCCCCACCCGGGGCUGGAGCGGAGCCUGGCCCUCGCGCUGGCCUCCUCCCGUCCCCCGGGCUUCCUGGUGUACUUCAGCCCCUCGGGGGUCGCCGCGUCGUUGCCCGUGCUGCGCGGGCUGCAGCUGCCCUUCCACCGGCUCAAGGUGAUCGCCAUCGGCGCGGCCACGCAGGCAGCCCUGGAGCGGAGCGACGUGCCCGUGUGGGCCGUGUGCAAGGAGCCGACCCCUGAGCAGCUCCUGUCUCGGCUCUCGUCUCCCGGCCCGUCGUAGCGAGGCCCGUGCUCUUGUUCUCGUGUGCCGUGCUUGUACAUAGCUCCACAAAAAAAAAAAAAAAACCUUUUAUGCAAACAUGACUACAAUGCCUGUAAAUAUCUGGUCAAAUAGUUAUAAUCGUAAGUAUGUGGUAAGGAACAAAAAAACUUUUAUGGUUCAACGUGAAUGAUGCUGGAAUGCACUUAAAAUGUCCCUCACAGUUACGAUGUAGAAAUGUGGUAGAUUUUCAGCACGUGCGUAAUGUCGCAAAUGUUUUUUAUGGUCAGUUGGUUUUCUCUGGGUAUUCCAAGUUUUCCCCCCACUCAAGACUGUCAAAGCUGCACCGUGGGAGGGCCUAGAGGACAGCAGGUUCCAAGUCCCCCACAUGCCACUAUUAUUAUUAUUAUUAAUUACCUGCGGUAGAAUAAUAAAGAG